GAGGGGCUGUGCUGCUGGUCAGCCCCAGUGCGCAGGACGGGCUUCGUGCGCGCACAACUGCGUCUUAUUUGAUUACACGAGUUAACCUGGGCUUCAUAAUCACAUAGAACAGAAGAUGCGGGUGUAAUGAAACACUGAAACCCAAUAUUUCAGAAAAGCACAAGAUGUUUUGAACAGAAGCGAUAGACUUUAGACACCAACGGUGACUAAUUCAUACGUAUAAAUGUGGGGAACCUUUUAUUCACCAUCGCCUUCAAAUACCGUAAUAACUCGUUUUUGCGAGUGUCAUACGUGACGCGUCUUACGCGCACCCACGUGCUGAAGGAGCUGAACAGCACCAUUGUAACACUUGGGCAGAAACUAGCUUUGGUUUGCUAGCAGAGAAUUCCAUAACUCUAGCUAACUACAUUGUUUAGCACAACGGAAAUGCAUUUGCAUUUACGUUAGAUUGUGUUUCGAUGGCGACAACUUCUGUCCAAACAAUGUGAUUUUCACUGUUUAUUUAAAACCACAUUUCGCCCAUUCCUUCCUCUUUAUAGUCAAAGCAUGAACUUUUUCUACUCGAACUAAAAACCGCAGCCCCGCCUUAUGUUCUGAGGCGUCUGUCUUUCCCACGCUAUUGGUGAACGUCAUUUGAAUGGCGUGUGACAACGCCAAUUGUUUUCCAGGAUGUUUGAAUGUAGGCGUAUCGGCUCGCGUUAACAUCCAAUAGGGUUUAGAAUUUGAAAUAAAGGUGACCAAUAGCGUCGGUCACUAUCCAAGUAAUGUCCAAUCAAAGUCAAACCUGGGGUCUUUUAAAGCUAGUUUCAGGAAAUACUGUUAAAUACCAGGAAGUUGUAAACAAAGCUGACAGCCAUUUAGUUAGCUGUUGACUAUAUCUGAAGGGUGCUGAAGCAGCACUGUGCGACAGUCUAGUUGAGCUACCAAAACUACAAACAAGAGUCACAUUUAAAUUGAAUAUCGCGCCUCAGAUUUAGACAUUACCGUGCGUUUGUCACACCAGCUAACGUUAGCUGCUUUACGUUUUCUCGACAGGAUACGGCUAGCUAACGCUUACAGAAGACCGUUAGAGGUACCGCCAACGCUUGUCAAGUUAAUGUUUAAUCGAUUAAAAUUCUCAAUACUGUUGUUUUUGGACCUGCGCGAAUAGUGGGCAACGCCAGUGUCGGACUCUUGUUUUUUUUCUUUUUCUUUUUGCUGCAUUUGCGGUCUGAAGACAGAAAGAACGAGAGAGUUCGUCCAUUUUAGCAGGACAACAAUGUCUACAUCCAACGCUAAUUUCAAAAACAAGUGUGUGACACAGGUAAACUGUGUCUUUUGCGACAGUCUUCUCUGCACAAGAGGCAUGAAAGCGGUGCUUCUCGCAGAUACCGAGGUUGAGCUUUUUUCUACGGAUAUACCUCCCAAUAGGACUGUUGACUUUGUGGCCAGCUGCUACUCCACUGAAAGCUGCAAAUGCAAACUGAGAGAUAUUGCAUGUCUUAAGUGUGGUAAUGUGGUGGGCUAUCACGUGGUGGCCCCUUGUAAACCCUGCCUGCUUUCCUGCAACAACGGACAUUUUUGGAUGUUCAAUAGCGAUGCUGUAUCAACACUCAACAGACUGGAUGCAACAGGUCUGAAUCUCCUCCUAUGGGGAGAUCUUCCUGAGUUGGAUGACAGUGAGAAUGAAGAAUCAGAGUCUCCAUCAGAGGAGGAGUGCAUUAGGUAGACAGGGAGAUGAACAGUGUGAGAACGCCAAUGAAGAGGGUGCACAAACCAUGCUGAGAUACGAGGGAGAGAAGCCUUAAAGGGUAACUCAACACUGAUUCACACAGGUGGAAAAGUGCUGCUGUACUGCGUGGGUUGAAAUAUUAAAACAUUGUUCCAACAGUAAUGUCACAGCAGGUGUCUGCUUUCGACAGUGGAUGGAGAACACCUGCUUUGACAUCACUGAUUAUGAAAUGGCUAUAAACACAACAUGCUCCACAGCUUGAACCCACCCUGUGUAAUUCAGUAGUGAGUUCCCCUUUAACCUGUGACCAUGCCUUUGCUCACCAUGUUCACUGUAAAAGCACAGACAACACACAUUCAUGCUCACAUUUAAUUUUUUUGGCUAGUAUGAGUCCCUCAGCCCCUAUGAACCUUGUGGAGAAGUUGGAAGUGUUGUAUGAUACCUGGUCACUGGUCACCUAUCAGCGUAUGCUGUGAAAACACGGAGUUCCAGUUUUCUGAUAAAACUAACACAAGUUGCUUAAACAGAAAGGUGUAUCUUGCAUAUACUGUAAUAAGCAAAAAAGCUUGCUGUAACAGUUGCAUCCUUUAUUGUCUAAGUGCUGACUGAGAGUUUAAGUGCUUUUCAAAAUCCAACAAUGGAAGAAAUGGCACAACGGCACAUGAAAGGGCACAUUUGGUUAAGGUUAUCUUUAUAAAAUGUGACGUUCUAGCACGUUGAUAUAUUACUGCAUUAUUUAUUACACAGCAGCAGUUCUAUAUAUCCUACUGUAGCAGUAUGUGAUACUAACAUACUAACUUGUGUAUACUUCCAUAAGGGACUCCAAAAGAUGAAUUCAAAUGGUAAUCUUCAGAGUGCGAAUCAUUUAGUUAAUUGAAUCAACGAUAUAGGAAAGUUGCAAUAGAAAUGAACUUUUUUGACAGUUCACAACCUUCCUCACUGGAUCACUGAACCAAACUGGGAAUAUGACUUGUAAGUGUCACUGCUGUUCAGUUUUAUGUAGCAGUAUAUUUGUAGCACAAGAAAAGGAGAUAAAACGAAAUCCAGAGACCGAAGAUGUCAAUGUUGAACUUAAGAAACUGGCUACCUCGAUAAAAGGAUGAUUCUUUAGUUGUGCGCUACAGUAUACAGAAUAAUUUUUAAGCAAUUUGUAAUAAGCCUAAGCUGAAGUCGGUACAAACACAUAAAGCCCUCAGUCGUCGGUAUUGUAUUGGUCAUAUUGAUGCUGCGAUUCCUGACACAGUGUACCUUUUGAUUGGGAGGCCAGUUUUUAAUAAGAAGCUUGUCCUCAGCCUGUUGUGCCACACACAAGCUUCAGUAUCUUCCAGUCACAAGGGCCUAAACUCCAAUCAGUCCAUAUCUGGGAGUGCCAUACUUGAGCGCUUGUCAUUGUUUCACUGCUGUGCCCUGCUAAUCCUGUCUUAAAUUAACAGUUUCUGCGAGUGACUUUGUGUAUGUUAUGCAUAUAUAGUUAAAGGAGGAAGAACUAUGUUGUCGGUCCUUACCUGAGGCCAAAGGAUUAGAGACAGCAGUCUUUUUAAUCCAGUAAGCGUCCUCUAGGUUUGUCCAUGCUUUGGCUGUGGACACUUUAAGGAUAAAAAUGGUGUCCAGAGUUUCACAUUCUUCACCUUUUAACAGUUUGCUACACUUGCACACCAAAUACUGUCUUAUAUGAAUAAAUUAUAGGAUACGGUGCAUCAGCUUGGUAUUAAAAUUUACAAGCCAAAUAUCUAUAAUGACGUACUUCUUUUAUGUUUACAGACUUUGUUUACAAAUGCAUUGAUUUGUAUUGUGCUGUAGUACUUAUGUUUUCGGUUAUGUAUUUAAUAUUUGAUUUGUGAUGUAAGUCUUUGUUUCGUAUGUUAAAUGUUUGGAUGUGUACAGUUUUACCUCAAGAAGGUAUCACUUGUGAGCUUCCUCUGGCCAGGACAAUUAUCGAAUGAUAAUCGAAAGAAUUAUUUAAAUGGCUGUUUCUGAUGUGAGUACCUUGGAUUAACAUGCCCUGCUGAAGAUGUAUAUUUUGGAGUUGCACUGAAACUGCAUUGGUUGUUUGAAAAAUGAUUUGUUGUUUUCUAUGCUUGUUAAAUUAAUAAACAUUUUUUUCAAAAUA